AUGGGGUUUGAUGGUCCUCUCUCUGCACAGGAGCAGAUGUACAUCCUUUAUGAAAUCAAACUGCAGUGCUACCAGAACCUCUCCAACAUCGACCCAGGGACCUCAGACGAGGUGUGCCCUCCAGACUGGGACGGUCUUAUUUGUUGGCCCCAUGGCUCCCCUGGGCUGGUUACCAAGGUUCCCUGCCCCUCUUACAUCUAUGACUUCAAUCACAAAGGAUAUGCUUACAGGAAGUGUGAUGGCAACGGUUCCUGGGUGUUUGUGGAGCUCUGGAACAAGACAUGGACCAACUAUUCGGAGUGUCUGCGUUUUCUUCAGCCCACUGAUGAGGAAGGGAGACAAGACUUCUUUGAGCGGCUGUAUGUCAUGUAUACCAUCGGCUAUGCUGUUUCCUUCAGCUCUCUGCUAGUGGCCAUCUUCAUCAUUGGAUACUUCAGGCGUCUUCACUGCACCAGAAACUACAUCCACAUGCACCUGUUUGUUUCCUUCAUGUUACGGGCAGUCAGCAUUUUUGUGAAGGACAAAGUCGUCCAUUCCAGCGCCGGCUUGCAGGACUUUGACUCUGCCCUGCUGGACAACUUAAAAACAGUUACCAUGGCACCGCUGGACAAUUCUCAAUAUAUUGGCUGCAAGGUGACAGUGCUGCUCUUCAUCUAUUUUCUGGCCACCAACUAUUACUGGAUCCUGGUAGAAGGCCUCUACCUCCACAGUCUCAUCUUCAUGGCCUUCCGAUCAGACUCCAAAUACCUCUGGGGCUUCACACUCAUCGGAUGGGGUGUUCCGGCUCUUUUUGUGGCAGUGUGGGGGAUUGUCAGGGCAACGCUAGCAGAUGCAAGGUGUUGGGAGUUAAGUGCUGGUAACAUUAAGUGGAUCUAUCAGGUUCCCAUCCUGACAGCCAUUGGGCUCAACUUUAUCUUAUUUGUGAACAUCGUUCGAGUGUUGGCCACUAAAAUUCGAGAGACAAAUGCAGGGAGAUACGACACCAGGAAACAGUACAGGAAACUGGCGAAGUCCACCCUUGUGUUGGUGCUGGUGUUUGGCAUCCACUACAUCAUCUUUGUUGGACUGCCUCAUACAUUUGAGGGACCGAGCUGGGAGGUCCGCAUGUACUGUGAGCUGUUUUUCAACUCCUUCCAGGGUUUCUUUGUGUCCAUUAUUUAUUGCUUCUGCAAUGGGGAGGUCCAGACAGAGAUAAAGAAAACAUGGACCCGCUGGAAUCUGACCUUUGAGUGGGAAGGACCUGUGGUCUGCGGCCGCUACCGUUAUGGCUCAGUUGUUGUCGGCCUCAAUAACAACAGCACCAGCAGCCAGUCCCACCUGGCAGGGGGUGGCCCCUCCACACGCUCCACAACACUUGUUUCAAGCCGUGUUUAUCGCGGCACAGGUCCCCCCAUGAUCAGCAUGCACGCCACCCUCCCAGGAUAUGUGAUCAGUAACUCAGACCCAUCCAUACCAGAAGAACCUGAGGACAGCGGCCCCAAGCAGGUGGAUGAUAUCUCGCUGAAGGAGAAUCUGCCUGUUUUCAAUACCAGUGCUGCAGCCGAGGAUGAGGAGGAAACACUGUAGCAGUCAACAACCAUCACAAGGGAGAGACUGAUGGAAUUUUUUUUUAGCUAAACUUAAAAAAGAAAGUAACAAACACAAUUACAGAGUUAUGGAGCUGAAUGCCAGUUUGCUGCAUUGGUGCCAUUCUGCAGUGUCUCUUGAUAGUACCACUUGAAGUUGCCAAAAUCAGAAAUAUUUAAAUCAUACAAGCUCUUUAACAGAGGAUGUUGAUCUUGGCUGAAACUUAUCAAUGAGUACUACCUGCCUUGGCACUAAAUGUUGAUCACUGAUGCGGAUUAUUGUGUAAGGUCCAACCUAGUGCCCUAAAGGCUAAAUGCAACUCAUUCAACUGAAAAACUGCAGAUGUCUUUAGAUUUAAAAAAGGGCAAACAUUUUUGUUUAAACACAAUAAACAGAAGACCCCAUGUUUUUCUCAGGGAGGGCAACACCAUAGUGCUCUCUAUUGUCCAGCAGCCACUGGAGGCCACUUGGUUUGGUUGGUGGACAAAUGGAAAAUACAGUAUGCUGUUGAACAGCAUUUGCAUUAAAGUGCACUUUUCCUGCUGUCACCCUGAUUCUAUACCUGGAGAUAAUGAUAAACCACAGUGGGGAAAAAGCACACAGAACCCUUGAGAAAUUUACAUUAAAAUAUGUUUACCAUAAACUGGGAGAAAAAGGAGGUAAGAAACAGGUGCAUACUUUUCUAAAAAAAUAAAUAAAUAAAAUGAAAACACCAGCAGCAUGAUAGCUGUAGUAUAAAAACUGGAAUGGUGACAUGAUGAAUCUUUGUUCUUGCCAACAAGUGUUCACUUAAUCUUUAUAGCAGAUACUGUAUGUCAUUUUCUCUGCAUAGCUCCAAGCUCCACAGAAAAUGUAAUUUUCAGCCAUUGAUAGGAGUGUGCAUCCCUCCUGUUGGCUUAAUUACAAUUACAGUAUCUGUCAUGCAAGAGGAGUCAGUCAGUGUCAUGGUGAAAUGAUGUGCUUGCUUGUACAGUCAGCCCACUUUGUGAAAAGUCAUGCAUUUUGUGAAGAGCAACAUGCUACCUGCGGCUCCCAGUGGAACUAAACUGAAUGUUUCCAGAAUAUUUUUUAUGUAACUUUAAAAUCAAACUGAAAUGAACUUCAGAUGUUGCUCACCUUUUGGGAGAUGUAUUGAUAUAUUUGUGUGCACACACACAAUUUUGACUUUUAUUGCCGUGAAGUGCUCACAUUGGUGGAUUCACUUGCUAUGUUUAAGCUGUAAGCAAGGGCACAAAAAACAGUCCCAGUCAGUAGCACAUAGAGUUGUAAUGGCACAUCAAAUGUGACAGCAUUAAAAGCACCAUUUUUCUAUUUUGACAAUCAACUAUUGUGCUAACAGUGAAGGCCUGCAUUUGGUGGCUGCUUAAGGAUUUUUUUGUCUGCUUUGUGCGUGCAUGUCUGUUAGUGCAUUAUAAUGCUUGUCACACAAAUAGUAUAUUUAUUGUAUGCCUCUCCUGCAGAAGCUUUAAAAAAUGACUUGAAGAGAUCCUUCUUAAUCUCGUCUUUCCAUGUGCUAAAUGAAUUUGGCUGUUUUUCUCUGUGAUAUUUGUUUGUGUCUUUCCUCCCUUCAUUAUCUCCUCUCCCAUAUAUUUUCACACUCCCGCUGUUAACUACUGAUAAAUGUUUAAUGUUUUCAACAACUACC